UAUUUUUGUGUUUCUAAUAUUGCCAAUAGUUUGUUCCAAAACUAAUCCACUUUUAUCUUUACAAGAAACUUUUUUAAGAUGUCGGAUCCUGAAACUAUUGCAAAAUUUUCAAUUCCAGAAGAUAGAAAAAGUGGAAAAAAGAGCAAGCCGACUUUAAAAACCAGUGCAAGUAAAGCUUCAUUCUUGUCUGAGUACUAUGAAGAGGAGCACAAACCUGACUUCAGUGAUCCUGGAAAUAGGACGAGAUUCACAGUCAUUGUCUUUUCCAUAAUUACUUUUCAAUUGAUGUUCACUGUGAUAUGUGCAUUACCUUUUGUUGUCUUGGACGAAGCAAAGCAGUUGGUAUUGGACAAUUCUUGGGUGAUAUUUGUGUUUCUGGUGGUCCUCAUUGUGCCGUACUUUAUGUUAGUUUGUUGUGAAACCACUCGUAAAGAAUUCCCAACCAACAUCGUAUUACUUUUGUUCCUCACCAUCGGCAUGGCUGGCACCUGUGCCUGUUGUACCGUGUGGUUUGAAACUGUUGUGGUUUUUUACACCUUUAUAUUGACUGUUGUUGUCACCUUCUUGAUUGCUAUCCUAGCAUGCGGUUGCCGUUUUGAAAUUACCACAUGGAAAUCGAUUUUGGGAAUCAUGGGGAUAUUCUUGGUCAUAUUUGUAUUGAUGGCAAUAAUCAUUGCAGUGGUUGGAAAUUAUCCUUUCGCAACUUUUUUAUACCCAGGCAUAUUGGUUGCACUAUUUUCGGCUUUUCUCUUGCAUGAUAUAAAAUCUGUAAUGGGAGGCCAUCGUGUCAGCCAUAUUACACCCAGUGACUAUAUUGUGGGAGCAGCGCAAGUUUAUGUCGAUGUUGUUGGACUGUUCUUGACAUUUUUGGAAAUUGUGGGCACCAUAACAGAAAAUGAUUAGUACGACCAAGUUUUUCUUGAUUUUUCCUCAUAACAGAUUUUCUAAAGACUUUGCCUAAUACAGUAAUUGUUUUUUUUUUUAGUUUUAUAUGAGUGAUUUCAAAUAAUAUUGCCAAUUCUAUGUCGUUUUUGAAGAGGUUUGACCAAUAAAUGCAA